GUCCAGCAAAAGACCUGCUUGUUAUUUUCUGAAUUCUUGGACAUUUUUUUGUAUGUGUAUGUAUGUGUGUGUGUAUGUGUGUGUGUGUGUGUGUGUGUGUUGGGUUUUUUUGUUGUUGUUGUUGUUGUUAACCUUCACUGAAGGUUACUGUAGUCUGUGGUAUCUUCCCCGAGGCCAGAAAAUUUGACAAGCUUCACCUUUGCCUUCCUCAAUGGUAUACGCUUUAAGUCCAACAGCGACCUAUCAGCAUACGUAAGAAUGUCUUCUAGUUCUGACACUGAUGGCAUCCAAGAAUCGGUGAAGCAUGGACUAACGCCUAUCAGUGCUGGGCUUCCGGACAGACACGGACCCCCCAUCCCCGCCCGCAGCCGUCUUGUCAUGCUACCCAAAGUGGAGACGGAAGCCCUAGGACUCGCCCGAUCGCAUGGGGAACAGGGGCAAAUGCCGGAAAACAUGCAAGUGUCUCAAUUUAAAAUGGUGAAUUACUCUUACGAUGAAGAUCUUGAAGAACUUUGUCCAGUGUGUGGAGAUAAAGUGUCUGGGUACCACUAUGGACUUCUCACCUGUGAAAGCUGCAAGGGGUUUUUUAAGCGAACAGUCCAAAAUAACAAAAGGUACACAUGCAUAGAAAAUCAGAACUGCCAAAUUGACAAAACACAGAGAAAACGAUGCCCUUACUGUCGAUUUCAAAAAUGCUUAAGUGUCGGAAUGAAGUUAGAAGCUGUAAGGGCCGACCGAAUGCGAGGGGGAAGAAAUAAGUUUGGACCAAUGUACAAGAGAGACAGGGCCCUGAAGCAGCAGAAAAAAGCUCUUAUCCGAGCCAAUGGACUUAAACUGGAAGCCAUGACUCAGGUGAUCCAAGCAAUGCCCACUGACCUGACAAUAUCCUCUGCCAUCCAGAACAUCCACUCUGUUUCAAAAGGCCUACCUCUGAACCACACUGCCUUGCCUCCUACAGACUAUGACAGAAGUCCCUUUGUAACCUCUCCCAUUAGCAUGACAAUGCCACCCCACGGAAGCCUGCAAGGUUACCAAACCUAUGGCCACUUUCCAAGUCGAGCUAUCAAGUCUGAGUAUCCUGAUCCUUAUACUAGUUCUCCAGAGUCAAUAAUGGGUUACUCAUACAUGGACAGUUGUUACCAGACAAGCUCGCCGACAAGUAUUCCACAUCUUAUCUUGGAACUUUUGAAAUGUGAGCCAGACGAGCCACAAGUCCAAGCCAAAAUUAUGGCCUACUUGCAGCAAGAGCAAGCCAACAGAAGCAAACAUGAAAAGCUCAAUACGUUUGGACUUAUGUGCAAAAUGGCCGACCAAACUCUCUUCUCCAUUGUUGAGUGGGCCAGAAGUAGCAUAUUCUUCCGAGAACUCAAGGUUGAUGACCAAAUGAAGCUGCUUCAGAACUGCUGGAGUGAACUCUUAAUUCUUGAUCACAUUUACCGACAAGUGGUACAUGGAAAGGAAGGCUCAAUCUUCCUGGUUACUGGGCAACAAGUGGACUAUUCUGUAAUUGCAUCGCAAGCUGGAGCCACCCUCAACAACCUGAUGAGCCAUGCCCAGGAACUAGUGGCCAAGCUUCGUUCUCUGCAGUUUGAUCUACGAGAGUUUGUGUGUCUGAAAUUCUUAGUGCUCUUUAGUUUAGAUGUCAAAAACCUUGAGAACUUCCAGCUGGUGGAAGGGGUUCAAGAACAAGUGAAUGCUGCAUUGCUGGACUACACAAUGUGCAACUACCCACAACAGACAGACAAGUUUGGGCAGCUUCUCCUCCGGCUACCAGAGAUUCGGGCCAUCAGUAUGCAGGCUGAAGAAUACCUCUACUACAAACACCUGAAUGGGGAUGUGCCAUGUAAUAACCUCCUCAUUGAAAUGCUGCAUGCAAAGAGAGCAUAAAUUCUCCCCCACCCCCUAAGAGCUUAUUUCUGCUUUCAAAAAAAAGCUGAAAAAAAAGGAAAAGAAAUACUCUGAACUGCUCCAAGCAACACUAAUUAAAAACUUGGUUUUCAGACACUGAGAAAAUGGUAUAAUAAUCAAAUACUUAAUAGUAAAUAAGUGAUGUAUCAGGGUAUUUGUAUUGCAAACUGUGAAUCAAAUGCUACACAUCCCCAAAGGAAUAUAAGACACUACAAUUGAAACUUAAUGAACUUUGCAGGUGGACAACAUCACCAUGUCAGAUGGGAAAGGACAGAACAAUUCUUGUAUAUUUAAACUCAUCUCCACUAAAUGAAGAAAUUUAGGAACAAAUUGACCUGUGCUAUCAAGCUAUUGUAAUGGGGGGGAUUUGCGUGCACUGAAUUCCUUCACCAGAUAGCUGGAAUAAAAACUAUUCCAAAGGAUGCAAGCUGCACCUUCUGGCAGCAUCCUUUGUAUUAACCUUCCAAGGACCCAACACCUACUCUCUUCUGUGAUCAUGGAUGUGUUCUUUAUGCAGAAACCUGUUUUAAAAGAAGGAGGAAAGCAAAGACCUGUGGAAGGCCACACACACAUCAGCCAUGCCACCAAAUCAUAAAAAGCCUACGUGCCAGGCCUGCAAACCAUUAGUACGAACAGUCUAGGAAUAAGUUAGCUUGCCAUUCUUAAUAUGUUCUGAAGUUUGUUUUGUCAUGUGUACAUGUUGUUAAAAAAAAUGGAGGCAGUAUCCCUCUUCUGGUCUAUGUCAGCAUGAUACAGGAAAACAUGCUUUCACAUGCUUGUCAACUGGUCCAAAGCUAAAGCUUUAAGGAGACCCAUUUCUGCUGCUGUAGUGGUGAUGCAUCUGGACAUCACCACGUGCUGGUAUCCAUAAAGUUUUUGUGUCAAAUGGCUUGUUAGAGCACAUCAGUCUUUUCAGUAUCAAGUCUGUAGUUCAUUAAAAAAAUUGUUAAAAUAAAAUCUGUGCUUGGGUUUCAAAGAGCAUUUCUAGGUUGUUCAAGCUAACAAGCAAAGCCAGUGGAAAUCAAAUCAUUUAGUCUCACAGCAAUUGAACAUUGCCAAAAGGUGGGAAAGAAGGGACUUGUUUUUAAUAUGUGUUGAGGGUGGGGGUGAGAGAGGGGAAGACUAUGGAACGUAACUAAAAGCUGGACAAAGAGGACAAAAAGAAGAGUGAUACUGCCAUUUCUAAGUAGACCAAAGUCUGCUGCAGAACAAAUAUUGGUGAAAGACAAUUACAAACAAUCUCUUUCCAAAUGAAGAUAUCAGUAUUAUGACAUGUAAAGUCACAGUUAUGAAAGUCUUGCCUUAUUUCACUAUCCCAAGAGUUAACUGUGCAGGUGUGGAUCAAGAAAUGUUUAAAAUAAAGUAUUACUACUUUCGCAUUCAAAGAAAACCUAGUGUUUACAUUCUUUAGGUCCUGUGGGGGGGAACCGUGAUACUACACAUCGAAAACGCAGUCGUUUCCUUGAUGUCGCUUUCUGAUUGGUAAUUAUUUUUUACCAGUUCUUAAUUACUGUAUGUCGUGAGACACUAAAAUCAAAAGGGAAUCUCAUUUAAACUCUAAUUUUUUAAAGAUUAUUGGCUGCACAAUCACUUGCUGAA